AUGUUGGCUGCUCUCUGCAAACAGUGGCUGCUGCUUCCUCUCAUUGUGUCUCAGGCCGAGCUGAGUCGCUGCAUGCUCAGGCUAAGAAUAGUGCAGACCCCGGGGUUUUGGCCUCUGCAGGGUGUCAUCUCAGUGGUGCUCUACUCCUCUCUGCUCUUAAAACGAUUUAAGGAACCAAAGGAAGAGAGGCGUCCCUGGAGGAUAUGGUUUUAUGAUACCUCCAAGCAAGCAAUAGGUGCCCUCUUCAUCCACUUUGCUAAUGUUUUUCUGUCAGAUCUUACUGAAGAGGACCCUUGCUCUCUCUACCUUAUUAAUUUCAUCCUUGAUGCCACGCUGGGGAUGCUGCUGAUCUGGCUUGGCGUGAAAGUUGUCUCCUGGAUCGUACACCAUAAGAAGUACACAUACCUGGUCUUCGGAGAAUAUGGUGACCCUCCACAAGCUGCUGCCUGGAUCGGCCAGUGUAUCCUCUACUUGCUGAUAAUGGUUUUUGAGAAGACUGUGAUUAGCCUUGUCUUGCUUAUCCCUGGUUGGACAAAGCUUCAGCAGAUCCUCCUGGGUUACAUCCCAAACCCUCAGCUGGAGCUUGUCCUGGUCAUGCUUGUUGUGCCUUUCAUAGUCAAUGCCAUUAUGUUCUGGGUUGUGGACAGCUUGAUCAUGAGGAAACAUAAGCAGAAGGACACCCUGGACAUCAAUGGAUCUAUAGAAACUCCCCGGGCUAGGCGGACUGAGGAAUCUCAGGUAUUACUCUCUCCAGACAUGGAUUUUGAUCAGUCAGAAAGCGACCAGGAUAUUUCAGGACUCCAGGGAACGAAUCAGAAGAUGAAGCAGCCCAGCUAUCAAGUGGUCAUCUGACAACACUGGGACAAGGGAGGUGGAGGAAGGGAAGCAGCACUGU